GGCUGCUGCUGUCUGGUGGUACAGAGAAGGAUCCUGCAGGUCUCUGCUUCGCUGGAGCAGCUGCUGACGGAGCUGGAGGACUUCCUCAAGAUCCUGGACCAGGAGAGCCUGAGCAGCACGGCCGCGGAGAGGAAGAGUGGCCUGGCCGAGCGCCUCCGCCUGUACAUCAAAAGCAGCAGUUCUGACGAGGAGUACAUUUACAUGAACAAAGUGACAGUCCACAAGCCACAGGAUGCCGAGUCCCAAGACAAAGCGCCCGAGGAGCAGAGCCCGCUGGCCAACGGGGAGCCCCGCCAGCACACCACGGCCCCGCAGAAGAGUCUCCCGGACCUCCCGCCCCCCAAGACCAUUCCAGAACGGAAACAGCCCUCCAUCCCAAAGAUCGAGUCUCCAGAGGGUUACUAUGAAGAGGCUGAGCCAUACGACGUGUCCCUCAAUGGUCAUUGCGGCAGAGUCCCCUCCACCGGAGUCCCCAGGUGGGCGCGGGUGCCCGAAGGAGUCAUUUACGCCACCAUCACCUUGGAGGACGGAGAGGCCGUGAGCAGCUCCUACGAGUCCUACGACGAGGAGGAAGGCAGCAAGGGCAAGUCGGCCCCACACCAGUGGCCCUCCCCGGAGGCCAGCAUCGAGCUGAUGCGAGACGCCCGCAUCUGCGCCUUCCUCUGGCGCAAGAAGUGGCUGGGCCAGUGGGCCAAGCAGCUCUGCGUCAUCCGGGACACCAGGCUCCUGUGCUACAAGUCCUCCAAGGACCACAGCCCGCAGCUGGACGUGAGCCUGCUGGGCAGCAGCGUGGUCCACAAGGAGAAGCAGGUGCGGAAGAAGGAGCACAAGCUGAAGAUCACGCCGAUGAACGCUGACGUCAUCGUGCUGGGCCUGCAGAGCAAGGACCAGGCGGAGCAGUGGCUCAGGGUCAUCCAGGAGGUGAGCGGCCUGCCUUCGGACGGCGCGGCUGAGGGAAACCAGUACUCCCCUGAGGCCCAGCGCCUGAGCGGUCAGAAGGCAGAUAUAGCUGAGAAGUACCUGUCCGCCUCGGAGUGUGGGAGCUCUGUGGAUGGCCACCCUGAGGUCCCGGAGACCAAAGAUGUGAAGAAGAAGUGUUCUGCGGGCCUCAGGCUGAGCAGCCUGAUGAACCUGGGCAGGAAGAAGUCCACCUCGCUGGAGCCGGCAGACAGGUCCCUGGAGACAGCCAAUUACCUGAACGUGUUGGUGAACAGCCAGUGGAAGUCACGCUGGUGCUCCGUGCGGGAUAGCCACCUGCACUUCUACCAGGACCGCAACCGCAGCAAGGUGGCCCAGCAGCCCCUGAGCCUCGUGGGCUGCGAGGUGGUCCCGGACCCGAGCCCGGACCACCUGUACUCCUUCCGCAUCCUCCACAAUGGCGAGGAGCUGGCCAAGCUCGAGGCCAAGUCUUCCGAGGAGAUGGGCCACUGGCUCGGCCUCCUGCUCUCCGAAUCGGGCUCCAAGACAGACCCAGAGGAGUUCACCUACGACUACGUGGACGCGGAUAGGGUGUCCUGUAUCGUGAGUGCGGCCAGGAACUCCCUGCUAUUGAUGCAGAGGAAGUUCUCAGAGCCCAACACGUACAUUGAUGGCCUGCCCGGCCAGGACCACCCGGACCUGCUGUAUGACGACGUGGAGAUGUCCGAGCUGACGGCUGCAGCGGACCCAGAGGAAGCCGCCCCAGCCGCGGAUGCUCCGAGCGAGCUCGACCCUGACCGCAUGUACCUGGACCUCACGCCGGUCAAGUCCUUCCUGCACAGCCCGGGCGGCCCCCAGGCCCGAGGAUGCUCCCCCACACCGCCCUGCCUGGACCCUCCGGCCGACGCCCUCCCUGCAGACCCGGGCCCCGCCCCAGCGGAGCCCCCCGUUGUGACAUCCGCAGAGUCCCCCGAGUUGCAGCAGGGGCAGCCGGGGAGCCCGGAGCCGGAGGAGCCGUCCCCCAGGAUCUCCACGGUCAGAAUCCAGGCCGAACAGCAAAAGCUCUCCUUCCCACUGAGCUGCCCCGACGCUGUGGUUGUCGCCCCUGCCGGGGCCGGCACGCCUGCGAAGGACAGGCUGAGGGUGACCUCUGCAGAGAUCAAACUGGGCAAGAACAGGACGGAAGCCGAGGUGAAGCGGUACACGGAGGAGAAGCAGAGGCUGGAGAAGAAGAAGGAAGAGAUCCGGGGGCACCUGGCUCAGCUCCGGAAGGAGAAGCGGGAGCUGAGGGAGGCCCUGUCGAAAUGCACAGCCAGCCUCCUUCCCUUUCCAGACAAGGGCGCGCUGGCCAGCCUGGAGCAGAAGCUGAAGGAGAUCGACGAGGAGUGCCGAGAGGAGGAGAGGCGGCGUGUGGACCUGGAGCUCAGCAUCGUGGAGGUGAAGGACAACCUGAAGAAGGCCGAGGCCGGGCCCGUGACGCUGGGCACCACCGUGGACACCUCCCACCUGGAGGCCGUGAGCCCCCGAGCGUCACUCUGUUGUCACCACAGCCCAAAGCCGCCGCCCCCGCCCCCACCCCAGACUCGACCCCAGUCAACUCUGCCACGGCGCUCAAGAACAGACCUCUCUCCGUCAUGGUCACGGGCAAAGGCACCGUCCUCCAGAAAGCCAAGGUAUUCGAAUGGUGCCCCAGGAAUGGGAGAAGAAAGGGACCAGCUAGGACACACGCAUCACGGCCAGCCUCUCCUGCCCACGUGGACCUUGGCGACAACAACCCUGUUUCAUCCGGGCCUUCCCUAAAGCAGCGGCUCUGGGAGCGGGUGAGUCUGUUUAAGAGGAAGAACAAGGAUGGGGGGCCGCGGACAGAGCCAAGAGGAGGUGCGGGCCCUCCAUAGAGGAAGGACCUGGCAGGGCUGGAGAGCGAGCUGUGACUUCAGCAUCGACGGCACAGGAACGAGCAGGGAAUAUUUGGGACCAAGUGGAGGCACUGUCCCCACUCAAGUAAGGACUUUUUUUUUUUUUAAAGUGACGCCGCUGUAUGAUAUUUUUAAAAAAUGUUUCCAAUCCUGUCAUUUAGAACAAGUGAAGUGUCUUUUGAGAUCUAACUGACUUUCGACGUUAUCCUAGAAAAAAAGAUUCCUUUGUGUUUACAGAGUUCGUCCUGUGGCCAUGGCUAAGAGUUAUUUAAUAGAAUGCUCUCGUCGUCCCGGUUUUGUUGUUUAAAAUUGUGCUUCAUGUCCGGGCCCCCUUCCAAGGUGAAAGGGGUGCGUUCGGGGUGGGCCCGGGACUUCUCCUCCGACGGCAUUGUUUGCUGACGCAGGUUGAAACAUUUCAUCCGUCAUCUCCGCCUCCCUUCCGGGGGUUCUCGGAACUCGAGUCCUUUCUAACCCUGGGGCGUUUAUUUCCUUUGCCAAGUGGCAAGUUAGAUUUUUCUAAAAAAAAUAAAAUGUUAAU